CUUUGUAUGACAUGCAUGACUCUUUAAAAACUUGGCUCUGAAGAAUUCCCUCAUCAGUGGAGUGUCUGAUUUCUUCAUACAAGAGCUGAGCGUUUUCUCCAAACUCAAAGAUGCUUCGAUGUUCGACCUUCUUGUUAGCAUGUUUCAUGGCUCUAAGCACCGUGAUGGCCAAGAACACGUUUUCGGGUAGAAAAAUGGCGGCGGUCGAUGGACGACAAUUGCAAUGCACGGCUCGGGGUUUGUUCGAAGGAGCCUGCGUCUCUCAAAAUAUCAUGGCCAGAGGAUUCAGGUGCGAUGAACUCUGGUGUGCAAAGCUCAUUUCUCCUGGCAUUUAUGAAGCCGUCUCUACUGGACCAGUUUUAGAUGGAACCGGAUGUACAACUAAUAAAGUUUGCAUAGGCGGAGAAUGUAAAGUCCCAGAAUCGGGGCGUGUGGCACCUCGACGAGGAGAUGGUCCCCAGUACACGUGCCGUUCGUCAGUCAUUGUGACUCCUUCCACCAAUAACCCAAAUCAGCAAAGAAACUCAGUAAUUGUGAGACCCUCAACAACGAAGAAAAGGACAUUCCAGUAGGAUGAAUUAAUGAUUUUUUCCCUCGAUUAUGAACCACGCAAUAAAUUAAAAAACUUGAAGCCCUUCGGUGGCAAGACAUUUUUUACGCCGAGUGCCCAAAACGCUGAAAAAAACCCACGGAAAUCCACGAA